AUGCGAGUCAGGCAGCGCAAAGACCUGGCGCUCGAGGAGGCUACGGAGAAGCUCCCCAGCAACAGCAACAAUACCGGCUUCCAAAACAUCCCGAUACCUACGGCGAGCGGUUCGAGCCCGAGGGCCAAGCAGGACCCUACUGGAACCAACAGCAAUACCAGAAUCAAGGCCCGGGCCCGGGCCCCGGCCCGGGCCCCGGCCCCGCGCGAGGAGCCAACCCUACGCAUUCCCGAGGAGGUCAAUAUCCUCCACCUGGCAGAGGAGCUGGCCCAGGUCCCGCUGGACACGGAAUGCCACCUAGAGGAGCUGGCCUAA